AUGAUAAGACCCUCCCUUACCCUCCUCAACAAAUUCCCAUACACCCCCGGCCCAUCAAAAUACGGUAUCUACCCGCUCCUUCCUCCUUCGUUCGCUAUGACCUCUUAUCCACCUGUUAGACCCGUGCCCAACUCAAUACCUAGACCAGAGUAUGUACCGAGCAACUUCUUCACUGCUGAUUGGGGAGAGCACGAUAAUGUCGAGAUGGACGAGGCGGAGGUGGAACAGAUAGAGCUUGGUGGGGAAGGUGAGAUGAGGGUUAGGGAAGUUGCUGGCUUGGCUAGAGAGGUAUUGAGGGAGGUUGGCAAGCUGAUAAGGCCGGGAACAACGACCAACGAACUGGACAAAGCCGUGCACGAUCUGAUAGUCUCGAAAGGCGCUUAUCCUAGUCCAUUGGGAUAUUCAAGUUAUCCAAGGAGCUGUACCACUUCGAUCAAUAAUGUGAUAGCUCAUGGAAUACCGGAUGAUCGUCCACUACAUCCGGAAGACAUAAUCAACAUCGAUCUAACCCUGUUCUAUAAAGGGUAUCACGGCGAUACGUCAGCAACGUUCCUUCUGCCCGAAGUGGACAAACAAGGUACAGAUCUGGUUGAAGCUACGAAAGAAGCUUUGGAAGUGGGUAUAAAAGCUUGUAAUCCUGGAAGGAGAUAUAAAGAUAUCGGGAAAGAGAUCGAGGAUUUCGCAAAAAGUCAUGGGUUUUCGGUGAAUGGACAGUUUUCAGGACAUGGGAUAGGUAAUGUCUUUCAUAGACCACCAUGGAUAUUCCACUGUCGUAACGAUGAACCUGGAGAGAUGGUACCUGGAGAUUGUUUUACGAUAGAACCCUGCCUCGUUCAAGGCCGAAACUCAAGAGGGAAAUUAUGGGAUGACGGUUGGACGAUGGUCACUGAGAGCGGUGCCAGAUCUGCUCAAUUUGAACAUCAAGUGCUGGUAACGGAAGAUGGAGUAGACGUCCUGACUCGUAUAUGA